UUUCGAACUAAAUUUUUCUUAAAUAUAUUUUAGAAAAAACUAAAAAAUGAAAUAUUGCAUUAUCUUUUGUUUGUUUAUUGGAAUUGCAUCUGCACGUCCUCAUGGCUGGGUGAAAAAAACACCCGAAGAACUUAAACAAGUACGUGCUGACUGCUUGGAAAAAUUCCCUGUUCCAAAAGAAACCCGUGAACUCUUCAAAAGAUUUGAAUAUCCUGAUGAAGAAAUUGUAGAGAAAUACGUUCAUUGCGUUGCAGCAGAAUUACAAUAUUUUGUUGAACCUGAAGGUUACAUUGAUGAACAUUUGGAAACACAAUUUGGAACUGACAAGACCCCAAUAAUAAACAAAUGUAUCACAUUCAAGAAAGAUCAUCCCGACUGGACACUUGGACAUUGGGCUUUAAGUGAUUGGAAAUGUUUAGUUAAAGAAGGUUUGAUCACUGAAGAAUACAAAAACACUGUUAUCGAUCAUUAA